AUGGCGUUCUUCACCAAUUGCAUCACUCUCCGCGCUCCUUUCAACAUCCAUCGUUCAGUCAAUCAAAUUCUACUUCAAUCAUCAUCGGAUUAUGCCAAUUAUGCUGCUCAUUUCCAUAAUUUUCUUCUCUACCCUUAUCCGAGUUUCACUGCGAAGCGGUGGCUCGGAACUAACGCUGAGUCGUCGAUUCAGUCUGAGUUCGCCGGGUCAAGCGCGUAUGAUCUCUUAGGGGUAUCAGAGACCAGCUCAUUCGCAGAAAUCAAAGCCUCUUUCCGGAAAUUGGCAAAGGAAACUCAUCCGGACGUAUCUCACUCUCAAAGUGAGUCCUCUGAUGCUUCCAAGAAAUUCAUUCAAAUCCUCGCAGCUUAUGAGAUACUCUCAGAUUCUGAGAAGAGAAGUCAUUAUGAUCGGUAUCUCUUAUCUCAAAGAGCAUUUGUUCAAAAACAUUCUAGAAAUGAUCCCAUUAUGUACAACUAUGCAUCGCAUAGAGACCCAGAGAUGGAAAUGGAAGUUGUUGAAUGGUUGAAAUGGUAUAGAUAUACAAUCAAAGACAUUUUGGCAGAAAGAAGGGUGGCAGCUGGAUCAGGUUAUUUUGAUGUCCUGCAAAGGGACUUUUAUUCAGCCAUACAUGUAGCAUACUACGGACCUGAGAUUGAGUCCUGGGAUCUCCUUCCUGACCGUUUUGAAGUUGAGGAGAGGUCCACAGUUUCAACACCUGAGGUGCUGCAUUUGGUUUCUGGCAGGGACCUUUUUGGGAUGGUAUAUUUGGCCAACAAGGUUCCUGAAUUAUCACAAUCCUCCAAUGAAAAGCUGACGUCUUUUGCAUCGGGUUCAUGUGAAUCUGUUGUGGAUUUCAGCCAAAAAAUGAAUUCUGAUCGAUCUGAUGGUGUAAUUUCUGAACAGCAAUCCUCAAGUAGUGAUUACCACACAUCUGACGCAUAUAAAGAUCUGGAAUUGCAUGUGUCAGGGAGACGUGUCGCCGUGGCCACAAGAGUCCCGCCAACGUGUUCUAGUGGGAUACAAGAUGUGGAUUCUGAAGAUCAAAUACACGUUUACGUCACUGCAUAUGAAGACACAAAUAGUGCAAGUCAGGUGUUUUCUAGAGAUAACCUUGCAGAUUUGUCAGUUGGAUCGAGGAUCCCUCUGGGAAUUAUAACUGGUCUGGGAACCAGCCCUGAAGAAGGAAGCUGCUAUGUCUACAAUAAUGGUGGCAUGAAAACCCAUGUGAUUAUGAAGCACAGAACACUGCUGGUUAAACACAUGCACUGGUAUGAAGUUGGGGAUAAAGUUUCAGUUUGUGAAUGCAGAUGUAGUAGAGCCCGUCUGCCACCAAGCAGGUUUUGGCUGUUUGAGCCUCGCAGUGCUAUGCAUGACAUAGGAGGUUGGUACGUUGAGACAUUUGGAAGGGAUAAGAAGGGGCGGGCUGUCCCAUCUCAGAGAUACUGGGAUGGUUUGGAUGCUAAUGAACAGUUGGAUAAGAGAGUCCAUCCCGCAAUGUACUUGCUUGCUCUUGCUUAUAGAACUCUGGAUAUCGAAAAUGCAAGGAGAAGGAAACAAACAGUGAAGGGUAUAGUUGAGGCCAAAAUGUUUAGAGUUCUCAGUUGGUUUAAGAGAUUUGUAUAG